AUGAAGCUUAAAGAGUUCAAUGCUAAGGUGAAAUCACUUCCAUUCUAUGUCACUUUUGAAGAAGCUUGGGAUAAACAUGGUCUAGUGGAGUUCUUUUUCACAACUAGUGAAAACAAAGAAGAGAUACACCAACUUUUCAGGAAGGCUCGAUUUCCCCUUGCCCCUCAUGGAGUCAAUCAACCACCAUCACCACCAUCAUCACCACCACCUCAGUGCAUGUCUUUCAAAAAGCUUGGCGCCACUACCCAUUCACCACCUUUCUUCCACAACUGCAAGGAGACACCUGAGGACAUAAAAGAGCUUUUUGAGAAAGCUAAAGUUCAGCCUACCUUCAAGACCCUCUACAAGAUUGAAGACCCAGGUCAAUUCUCUAUUCCCUGUCAAGUAAAUGGUCAUUACUUUGAUAGAACACUAUGCGAUUCUGGCUCUUGCAUAAACCUCAUGCCAACCCAAACCGCCAAACUCCUUGGCAUCACACGCUUGCAACCUGCUCAAAUUAGUAUUGGACUUGCUAACCAUACUAUAGCCAAGCCAAGAGGAGUUGUUGUUGAUGUUCUUCUAGAGAUUGGAGAUAUCAAGAUCCCGGUGGACUUUCAUGUCAUAAACAUUCAAGGAGGAUGUGACACACCAUUGAUACUAGGCCGACCCUUUUUGGCCACUAGCUGGAGCUGUCAUGGACCUUCCAAACCGGCGAAUGUCCUUAGCCAAUGUGGACAAGACAGUCUUUUACAAGACCAUACCAUUCAUCACCAAACAAGCUGUCUUACCUCAUCACUGCCCAAGGCCGCCCAAGAGAGCCACCAGACCACACUCAAGGUCACAAUGAGACAAGAACUAAAAGACUAUGUCUCAGGCCGUGCCCUUACCCCAUCUCCAACUAAGAGAUCCUAUCAGUCAAGCUAA